GAUGACCGAUCCUGGGUACAGCCCAUACUCAAGGCUGACCUUGAGGCAGCACCUGUUUGCCUCUUCCCGCUGACGCAGCAUGUAGCUCGAUCACCCGGGCCCAGCUCGCCGCGACAGAGCCCCCAGGGUCACUGGAGCCUCUUUGAGGAUCGGCGGAACAAGCCAGGGUGGAUCUGCAACACCACGAACGGCGAGGAGAUCAUUUUCGACUUGAACUUCAGUGCCAAACCCAUGAUAAUGGUGCAAUACCUACGUUCCUACGCGAACAUCGGCGAUGCGAACGUCACGGUGUACAGCCCCUGGAUUUGGAAGUCUACGUCCUACAAGAACCUUCGAGGCCACCACUGGCGAAUGAAUGCGCCAUGGGCUGAGAGGAUAUCCGUCACGCAGAACGCCUUCUUCAGGGCCGUCAAGCAGUCAAGUGGUCUGGGCGGAAGUCCGGACAGUGGGCGGAUCUCUUUCCGGCUAGUGAAGGGGCCAAAGUUCAAGAUCCUCUCAGUGAUCUCCUGCUGA